UCUUGUAUUGAGUUUUGAUUUGAGGAAACACAACGUUGGCCUGCCCCUUGCCAAUGUCUCUUUGCUAGUGCUGGAUUAGCUCCAGGCUACUGUCUAGGGUGUUUUUCAUGGGCUUCCGGGCAUGACAGUAAUCCGACAGUCGUAGAUUUGGGAGGCAGCGUCCUGAGAUCCGUCAUAAUAAUUAUUUAUAGACAGAAUACCUUACUUUCGCAGACUUUGAGUACCAUUGUGUGUUUUAGCCAUGGACACCCUCAUUCCGAUUGUCAACCAGUUGCAGGAUGCUUUCAGUCACAUGGGAACCUCGAGUGGUCUUGAUCUUCCUCAAAUCGCUGUUGUAGGAGGACAAAGUGCUGGAAAAAGCUCAGUCCUGGAAAACUGUGUGGGAAAGGACUUCUUGCCAAGAGGAAGUGGAAUUGUCACUCGCCGUCCUCUUGUUCUUCAGCUUAACAAUACACAGAAAGGAGAAUGGGCCGAGUUUCUCCACGCCAAGGGCCGGAAGUUCACCGAUUUUGACGCAGUGCGGAAGGAGAUUGAGGAUGAGACGGACCGCAUGACUGGUAGUAACAAGGGCAUCAGUAACAACCCGAUCAACUUGCGUAUCUACUCCCCGAAUGUGCUGGACCUGACUUUGAUUGACUUGCCUGGUUUGACCAAAGUAGCUGUCGGUGAUCAGCCUCUGGAUAUCGAGAUGCAGAUUCGCAACAUGAUCAUGUUUUACAUCACCAAGCCAAACUGCUUGAUCCUGGCUGUGUCGCCCGCCAACUCUGAUCUCGCCAACUCCGAUGCGUUGAAAUUGGCAAAGGAAGUCGAUCCAGAAGGUCUUCGUACGAUCGGUGUCAUCACUAAGCUCGACUUGAUGGACCAGGGAACGGAUGCCAGGGCAAUCUUGGAAAACAAGCACCUUCCGUUGAGAAGAGGUUAUAUUGGCAUCGUGAACCGCUCUCAGAAGGACAUCGACGGCAAGAAGGAUAUCAAAGCGGCCGCAGCUGCUGAGCGAAAGUUCUUUCUCGGACACGAUGCAUACAAGCACCUUGCCGACCGUAGCGGAACCGCCUACCUUCAGAAAACACUGAACCAGCAGCUGACCAAUCACAUCCGCGAGACGCUGCCUGCUCUCCGUCAAAAGCUGAUGGGGCAGAUGACGGCAUUGGAGAAAGACGUCAAAGACUACGGGAAUAUCUCACCGGACGAUCCUGCCAUGCAGACCAAAAUGAUGAUUUCUAUGCUCAACACAUUCAGUAACAACUUUGAAAGUGACAUCGAGGGAAGUGGCGAAGGCAUUGCAACGCAUGAACUGACCGGUGGUGCCAAGAUUAGCCUGCUGUUUCAUGAGCGAUUCCCCUACGAGCUGUUGAAGGCAGACAGUGAUGAGAAUGAGUUGCGACGAGAGAUAGUCUUUGCCAUUCGUAAUCUCCACGCUAUUCGCGUCGGCCUUUUCACGCCAGUGCUGGCUUUCGAGGUGAUGUGCAAGAAGCAGAUUUCCAAGCUCCUUGUCCCCUCGUUGCGCUGUGUCGACCUUGUGGCCGCCGAGCUGCUGAACAUCAUCAAAGCAUGCGGAGAGGGGGUUGCCCGCUAUCCCAACCUGCGCGACGAACUGGAGCGAUUGGCCACGGAGCAAUGCAAGGAGUUCUCUAUCAACGCCAAGUCACACAUUCAGAUGCUCCUGGACACGGAACUUGCCUACAUGAACACCAACCAUCAGGAGUUCAUUGGAUUUGCAGAUGCUCAGAAAGGGGGAAAAGCAAGUGGUGGCCCUGCACAGAGGAAAACUGCCAGUGAUCAAAUCAUUCGCAGGGGCUGGCUGAUUAUUAACAAUGUUGGUGUGAUCAAGUCUAAAGAGUACUGGUUCAAAUUGUCGUCCGAAACUCUCACCUGGUACAGAGACGAGACGGAAGACGACCAGAAAUACAUGAUUCGUUUGGAGAAUGUUCGCUUCAGAGAGAUCCAGGAGACUGGACACUUCAGCUUUACAAGCAAGCAUACAGUUGUCCUUUACAACACAGAAAACAAGAACAUCUUCAAGGACAUCAAAGAGCUGGAGCUGGCCGCGGAGUCGGAGGAGCACCUCGAGUUGUGGAUGGCUGCUUUCCUGCGCGCCGGUGUAUACCCUGAUCGAACGGCUAGCUCAAAGGCAGAGAAAUCAGCUGGUCCCGAGACCUACGCCACCGACCCACAGAUGGAGCGCCAGGUGGAGGUGAUCCGCAACCUGGUUGACUCCUAUGUGGGUAUAGUACACAAGACCAUUCUAGACCAGGUACCCAAGUCCAUUGUGCACCUACUUGUCAACCAGAUCAAGAACUUCAUUGCUAAAGACAUGCUGCCGGCCUUGUACUCGGCUGAUCAUGGCUCGUUGAUGGAGGAGAGCAAGGCGGAGGUGCAGCGGCGUGACGAGACACUACGCAUGUACCAGUCCAGCAAGGCUGCACUCAAGAUCAUCGACGGCAUCAACAAGACUACCGUCUCGACGCCCACACCACCGGCCGUCGCUAAUAACAUUCGAGUGGACGCACUGGACAGUUCGCCGGUAAAGGCCCGACCUGCUCCGCCGCGCCCUGCUCAAUCUCGGCCCGGCCCUCCACCACAGCCAAGGCGGCCCCCAAGACCUUGAGAAUCUGUUCACAACUGCGUAUUAUGUAAGCUCUAGCAGAACUAUAGACCUGUUUUAUCAUUAUUGUUAUUAUUAUACAUUGAAUGACAAAACAUAUUGAUUAUUAUCCUUUUGAGUGGUUGGCUUGCAUUGAAUAUCCCUUUGGUUGAACUUCUCAUAUUUUUAAACUAUUUCCCAGGCAGUAGUUUAUGACAGCUUCCGUGUAGCGCCUCCUGACAGUUUUUGACUUUGUUGCCCUUCUUUUGAUCGCUAGUGGUGCAAUAUAAUAGGAGCUUUUUUUCUUCCUCUAUUGGUGGAUCGGCUGUGUUUUCAGCGAGAGAAUGUGCUGCUGUGUGCCAGUUUCUCGGCUACUGCUGUGUUAUCAUUUUCUGACUGCAUGUGCCCUGAUGCGCUGUAACUGCUUGUGCGACUUAGCUGUACAUAUUUCUUGCUUUUUACUCUCGUGUUGUUUGCCCUCCUCGAACUCUGUGAACAGACUUGAUACAUAUAGCUUGUAUCAGCCUGGCCAUGCUUUUGCUGCAACUCUAUUGUUAUUGCUGGCGCUGCUGCUGCUUUUAUGCCUGAUAGAUGCCCACAUGCGCUAUGGUGGGUGUCUUGCUGCAGAUUCUGACUCUGAGCUUACUUGACCUUGUUUCUUUCACAAUGAUGCCACACAGAACACCACCCUGUACAUAUACUUCUGUACUAUCGCCACUCGGCUUGAUUAUUCCAGCAAUGCUG